ACAUUUUCUGUGUUUACACAAACGUCGACGAACGAUAUAAAAGGAUGAAAUAUGGCUUUUAUUACGCAGAAUCUGUCGCAAAUUGUUUCCUAAGAUUGUUCGCUCCAUCCGUCUUUCUUGUCAGUGGGCACUAAGAAUCGACUAUCAUGGAGUCUUGCACGAUUUUUAGCCAUGUCAUUAUAAUAGCCAUGGUUCUUUUGAGUUUCUCGUCAUUCCAUGUGUUGGGUGAAACUGCGAAUGAUAAAUCCAAUACGCUCGGUUUUCAAGAAAAACCCUACGAUUCUCUUUACAAUGAAGAAACGCAGCAGUUUGCUCCUACGCGGACGUUCAAGUUAACUCGUUAUGCAAGGCAUAUACCUUUUCUUGCUGGGGCUGCUGUGGGUGCCAUAGUAGCCAAUAACCGUCAUCCAACACAUCAUGGAUCAAGCUACUAUUAUCCGCCGAGUUAUUACCCCCCUGGUCACCAUUACACCCAUGGAUAACUCUUGAAAUUAAAAAUAACGAGUGCAGUGGUAAUGUAGCUGGUGGCUCUCAUGUAAUUACACCACACUUACCAGAUUUCAUUGAAUACACAAACCAAGCAUUCA